AUGCCCCCCGCAACACCGCGACUGCGCGUUCUGUCCGUUGGCGGCAAUGCAGUCUCCGCCUUUCUUUCCUGGCGCCUGUCUGCCACGCAGGCUUGCGAUGUGACGCUCGUAUGGAAGAAUGGCUUCGAGCAGGUCCACCAAUACGGCAUAUCCUUUCGAUCAGAUAAGUUUGGGAAUGAACGAUUCAAGCCGAGACAAGUCGUACGAUCGCCUGAAGAAGCGGCCGGCGCCUCACGCGCCUCCUUUGACUACGUCGUGCUUUGUGUCAAAGCACUCCCCGAUGUCUACGACCUCGCCUCCGUCAUCGAGUCGGYAGUGGCACCACAGCACACUUGCAUCCUCGUCAACACCACCCACACCAUCGGCAUCGAGUCGUAUCUCGAGCAACGCUUCCCCACUAACGUCGUGCUUUCCCUGGUAUCGGGAGUGGAGAUUACACAGCUGGGUGCUAGCGAAUUCGAACACAAGGGAUCCACAGAACUUUGGGUUGGCGCUGCAAACAAGAAUCCAUCCAUACCAGUAUCCAUACAGCAGGACAUGGCCGAAGCGCUCUCCAUGACUUUGAGAUCUGGACAGGUGGAUUGUAAUGUCUCCACCAACAUUCGACAGCAUCAAUAUGAGCGGAUGAUUGGACCCAUUGCAUUUCAUCCUUCAAGUGUUCUUUUCGAGACGCCGAUUCACGCCGAGCUGCUGGAGAAAACAGGUGUACGAACACUCAUUACAGCAGUCAUCGACGAACUGGUCAGCGUUGCAAAAGCACAAGGAUGCGAGUUCCCCUCGGGGUUCCGGGAACAGGUCAUGGAAAAGAUGAUCACAGCCUCCGAGUCCAACAGCAUCAUGUACCAAGACUUCCUCGCCAGAAGACCCCUCGAGGUGGAGACUUAUCUGGGAUCUCCCAUCAAGCUUGCGCAGGAAGUUGGACUGCAGGUCCCACGCAUUGAAACUCUUUACGCCCUGCUCCACAACCUCAACACUGUCAACCAGACCCGGCCUCAGAUUGCGGCGCCCGCUUCGCCCACAUCGACGAUCCACCCCACUCCUAGAAUGUCAUCAGCUCCACCGCCAAACGGUGUUCAUGUCAAUGGUCGCGGACCUCCACCGAUGAACGGACACAUGAACGGGUACGGCCCGCCCAUGCGUGGUGGCAUGCGACCUGGCGGCCGUGUGCCUUCUACUGGUGGUAUGCCACCCCCAUCCGGAAUGCGUAGGGGUCCGCCUUCAAUGACUGGCUUCCCACCUUCAGGUCCCGGUAGAAUGAGUGGAAAUGGCUACGGUCCUGGCCCUGGGUCGAGAGGAAACCAACAAAUGUCAAGGCGAGGCUCUUUCGAAGGCAACGAUCUGGAAGAAUUCAGCCACCUCAUGCUGUACGAUAACAUUCCAGAAGGAGAAAACGGCGGAUUCGAGGGCAUGCCACCCGGCCCGGCUGGUGAACUCACUCUCAGGGAAAGAGAAUUGGCUUUGCGCCAAAAGGAGCUGGCCAUGCGCGAGCGUGAAUUUCACAUGCGCCGCGGAGCACCGAGAAUGCCACCACCGCCGGUGAGAGAAAGCAACUAUGACGAUGACGACGAAGAGGGAGAGGAGUUCUUCGAUCCAAUGGCAGCUGGAGCCGUGCCAGGCGGCGUCGCCGACAACAUCGACAUGAUGAGCGUUACCUCCCGGCGCACUAGAAAGGCGCCCAGUGCGAGUCAGUUGCGUACCAAUCCAGAGUUGAUGGGAGGUGCUCCAUCAGGAGGGAUGCGUCACAGCCGCGGUCCUCCGAUGAGGCGUCCGGGACAGAAGAACCGUACAAGUUCGGCUAUGAUGGCUGACAUGCCUUCGUUGCGAGAGGAGCUGAUGAACAACCCACUCAUGGGCUACUCCUCCGAUCGAUAUGGCAACGUUGACAGAAUGAACAUGAGCCACGAAUCGAGAACAAACUCAUUAACCGCAGAGCGUUUGAACGAGUUGGGUGGGCCUCCGCAUGGCUAUCCACCUCAGAAUGGCUAUCCCACGAACAGACGUGGCAGCCAAUCCCCAGGCAACCCACUCGGGCCACCUAAUGGGAGGCCCAUGCAGCGACCAUCACCUCCAAACGGGUUCGGUCCGCCAGGUCGCAAUGGUCGUCCAAGCCCUCCGACAGUGAGACAGCCAGUACCUCGACAUCCGCCAGGCCAUGGCAACGCGGUUGCGCCGCAGCAAAUCGAACAGCAAACCGGGCGCGGGGAGUGGUGA